UGCAGUGAACCGGAGUGGAAGCGCUAGAAGCUCCAGCGCCGCGUCGAAGCGCAGCGACAUUUUCAUCUCAUUUCAUUUCCUCUUCAUCCACAGGCCCGAUUCGGACUGUCUGAUCUCAAACCCACAACAACUGGAUGCUCGGAAUAACCCGGAGCCUGAAGCAGCAGAAGAGAAGCAGAGGCUCGUGUGCGAUAUUCGCUGGCUCUGAUGAUUGUCGUCAGCCUGUGACACUCAGAGACUCCAGCAUCAGCGCUCAGCAUGUCUGCUCUACAGACAUCAUGGCCGCCCGGCACCGAGUGUGUGGCCAAGUAUAAUUUCCAGGGCAGCACAGAGCAGGACCUGCCCUUCUGCAAAGGAGACCUGCUGACCAUCAUCGGCGUAACCAAGGACCCAAACUGGUACAAAGCGAAGAACACUGUUGGUCGGGAGGGAAUGAUUCCAGCAAACUACGUCCAGAAGAGAGAAGGCGUCAAAUCCGGAGGAAAACUCAGUCUGAUGCCAUGGUUUCACGGUAAGAUCACACGUGACCAGGCGGAGCGGCUGCUGUAUCCGCCAGAGACGGGGCUGUUCCUGGUGCGCGAGAGCACGAAUUACCCCGGCGACUACACGCUGUGUGUGAGCUGUGACGGCAAGGUGGAGCAUUACCGCAUCAUCUAUCACGGCGGGAAACUGUCCAUCGACGAGGAGGAGUACUUCGACAACCUCAUGCAGCUGGUGGAGCAUUACACCAAAGAUGCUGACGGUCUUUGCACGAGGCUCAUCAAACCCAAGCUGAUGGAGGGGACGGUGGCGGCGCAGGACGAGUUCUCCAGGAGUGGAUGGUCUCUGAACAUGAAAGAUCUCAAACUCCUACAGAUCAUCGGCAAAGGAGAGUUUGGAGAUGUGAUGGUGGGAGAUUACAGAGGGACGAAGGUCGCAGUGAAGUGCAUCAAGCACGACGCCACGGCUCAGGCCUUCCUCGCUGAAGCGUCAGUCAUGACUCAGAUGAGACACACUAACCUGGUGCAGUUAUUAGGGGUGAUCGUGGAGGAACAAGGCAGUUUGUUCAUCGUGACUGAAUACAUGGCCAAGGGCAGUCUGGUGGAUUACCUGCGCUCUCGGGGUCGGACCGUGUUGGGCGGCGAGUGUCUGCUGAAGUUUUCUCUUAACGUCUGUGAGGCCAUGGAGUACCUGGAGGCCAAUAACUUCGUGCACAGAGAUCUGGCGGCUCGCAACGUGCUGGUGUCCGACGACAACAUCGCCAAAGUCAGCGACUUCGGACUGACCAAAGAGGCCUCGUCCACACAGGACACGGCAAAACUGCCCGUCAAAUGGACCUCGCCUGAGGCGCUGCGAGAGAAGAGGUUUUCUACUAAAUCUGACGUGUGGAGUUACGGCAUUCUGCUGUGGGAGAUUUACUCUUUCGGACGCGUGCCGUACCCCAGAAUUCCGCUGAAGGAGGUGGUGCCGCGCGUGGAGAAGGGCUAUAAGAUGGACGCUCCCGACGGCUGCCCGGCCGCCGUCUACGACCUGAUGAAGCAGUGCUGGACGCUGGACCCGGCCGGACGGCCCUCGUUCCGUCUUCUGCGCGAGAAGCUGCAGCACAUCAGAGCCAAGGAGCUGUACCUGUGAGGGCCGCGGGGCCCGGGGACGACCCAGACCCUCUGCAUCACAAACCAAACCUUUUACUGUGGCUCCACACACUCUUUUGUGUACUCGGACGUGGACUGUUGAUCUGGACGCUCUCUCGUGAUCCGUGACGUGAGAGGAGGAACACACUGACGCGUGUGUGUGUGUGUGUGUGUGUGUGUGUGCAGCAGUAUUUGCUCCUCUUCUGGUUUGGUUCUCCGUUCUGCUCAUGGCAUCAGUGAGGAGGGCUGGUCUUUUCCUCUGCUGCUGUUUUUCUCUCUCGCUCCUGUUAAAAAUGUCUCGUGAAAACACGCAAGUCAUAUUUCACACCAAAAUUAAAAUUUAUAACCGAGCCUAAUUGAUGGAACAUUAAGUUUUUCAUUAUUUUUAAUACUCACUGAUGUAGCACAUCCAGAUUUUAUUUUGUAACGGUAAUUAUUCUCAGUUAAGAUCAUUAUACUGGUACUGUGUUCUUAGUAAAAAUCAUUUUAUUACCAAAAUGCAAUGCAAAAAUUAAUGCAAAAAUUAUUAUACAUAAUGGUAGUAUUUUUUUCCUCCUAAUUUUUUUUUAGAUCGUAUGAGACACAAUGAUGGUAUUAUUUUUUGUUUCCAACAUGGAAAAAAAUAGCUUUUUUUCUUGCAAUUCUAAAUUUAUUUCUCACAAUUCUAUUUUUUUUCACAAUGGGUUAAAAAAUGUUUAAAAGGUCAUUGCAACUUUUUAAUCUCACAAUUCAGACUUUAUAUUUGUGAGAAAGUCAGAAUUUAAUUUGGCAGAAUUGCAAGUAAAAAUUUCAGAAUUGCGAGAUAAAUUGCGCAAAUCCAAGUUAUUUUUCUCUCACAAUUUUUUUUCUUGCAACGGUUUAAAAAAAAUGAAAGGUAAUUGCAACUUCUUAAUUCCACAACUGAGACUUUAUAUCUGACUAUAUUUGCAAGGAAGUCAGAAUUUAAUCCUCAGAAUUGCAAGAAAAAUGUCUGAAUUAUGCGAUAGAAAUCCUAGUUUACGUCUUGCAAUUCAGUUUUUUGCUUUCACCAUAUAAUUAAAAAGUAAAAAAGCUAAUUGUUACUUUUAUCUCACAUUUUUUUCUUGCAAUUCUGAGUUUCUCAUAAUUAUUUUUUUUUUCCCAAAAAUUGGUAAAAAAAAAAAUAAUAAUAAUAAAUAAAUAAAUAAAUAAAUAAAUAAUAAAAUUAAAACAGUCAUUGCAACUUUUUAAUCUCGCAAUUCAGACUUUAUAUCUGAAUUUAUUCUUACAGGAAAGUCAGAAUUUAAUUUGGCAGAAUUGCAAGAUUUUUUUGCAAAUCCAGGUUUACAUCUUGCAUUUCAGUUUUUUUGUUUUCACAAUAGAAUUAAAAAGUAAAAAAGCAAAUUGUUACUAUUCUCUCUCUCUCAAUUUUUUUUUUUUUUUUUUUUUUGCAAUUCUGAGUUUAUUUCUCACAAUUCUAUUUUUUCACAAUGGGUUAAAAAAUAAAAAAGGUAAUUGCUUUUUAAUCUCACAAUUCAGACUUUAUAUUUGUGAGAAAGUCAGGAUUUAAUCCUUAGAAUUACAAGAAAAAAUUCUGAAUUGUUUACAUUUUGCAAUUCUGUUUUUUGUUUUCACCAUAGAAUUAAAAAGUAAAAAGCUAAUUGUUACUUUUCUCACAAUUUUUUUUGAAAGAAUUUAAUCCACAGAAUUGCAAGAAAAAUUCAGAAUUGCGAGAUAAAUUGUUUCUCGCAAAUCCAAGUUAUUUUUAUCGCACAACUUUUUUUUCUGACUUUAUAUUUGUGAGAAAGUCAGAAUUUAAUUCCCAGAAUUUCAAAUUCUUUCAGUUCUGUUUUGUUUCCACCAUAGAAUUAAAAAAUAAAAAGCUAAUAAAUUAAAGACUUUUUAUCUCACAAUUCAGACUUAUGUCUGUGUGUUUGUUUCCGCUACAGAAUAAAAAAGGUAAUUGCAACUUUUUAUCAUGCAAUUCUGAAUUUUUUUUUUUUUGUCAUGACAAUUGUAAUUUUUUUUGCAUUACCUAAGUAAGAAAUAAUGAACCGUUAUAAUGAUUGCUCCUAAUAUCAGGCUUAAUUUAAUUUAAUGCAAGAAUUAUUUUCCUUUUGAUUUGUGGUGUGGUGUGAUGUGACCUGCACGUGAUCUUCACGAGAUUCAUCCGCUGUCAUUCUGAGUGUGUGUGUGUGUGUGUGUGUGUGUGUGUGUCAAAGUGCCUGCUGGAGUUGACAGAGCAGUGCCUGUGUUCCUCUGACAUCAGACUCGACGCCUGUCUUUUUAUUCUUUUCUUUUUUAAACCGGCCUUUUUUUAAUGUUUGUAUCUGUUAUUUGUCAUCUGCAUCAAGACGGGGGUUUGUGUUCACUAGCGCCAGACUGAACUGAGGCAAUGAGCUGGGAAACACAAACACACUGACACACACACACACACACACACACACUUCCCAGCUGAGCUCAUGUGCCUGCCAUCACACACACUCUCUCACACACACACACACACACACACAUGUUCACUGACAGUCACACACACUCCCUCUAGUGGACUGGGAGGGUCAGUCCAUCGGAACUCUUACUGCGUCGGCCUGUUUUAUAUUAAAAUAUAUUUAAGAAGUGAGCGUUCAGACGGACUCAUGCAUGCUCAGAGAGGCCUUGAGUAACGUGUCAGUGCUUUCAAUGUUCAUUGUUUUAAUAUUCUGCCAUGAUUACGAAUAAAUCAUUCCAUCUGACCAG